CAAUGUCUGUUUGAGUGAUGACGAUGAGAUUGUGUUCAGAGUCGAGCAGUCUGGAGUCCUUUUCCUGGGAAUGUCGCCACGGGACACCCAGUUUGUAAUACUGCCAAUGUAGAAAUCUAGCAAUACUUUUAUCAGCUAAAGUCUCAAUCAGUGUUGGGUUAAGAAAAGGUGGGUAAGAGAUCAUUUAUUGCCCCAUUAAGGGGGCCAUUUUGCUUACGCCAUAAUGCUGCACUCAUCCUGAUGCAACAAAGGGUGCAGUAGAAAAACAAAUGAUAAACAAAUAUAAAUAAGUAGGCAUUGCAAAAACACAAUGACAUGAAACAAACGGCAAUGAAAUGACGAUAGAAUAGUGACAACAGCAGCUUUUGGAUUGGUUCCCUGUAACCCUCCCUUUCAAUUUGAGUUCUGUAUGCCACCUGGUGCUACACCCUCUAAAUGUGAUGCCGAUUAAAGUUGGAGUACUUCUGAAGGGGGGAAAAAACUUGGAUUUUCUGAUGAACAAUUUACUUUGCUGGAGCUCCUACAGGAGGAAGACACGGUUCUCCUGAUUCAGCAGCAGCGCCUACACCAGGAUGCGAGUACCAGUUUGGUCCCACCAGAACCUCCGCCAAUUAAAGAGGAACCUGAGGAAAUGUGCAUUAGUCAGGAACGACAGCCGCUUGCACAGCAACGGGAGCCCAAAGCCUCGAAGUUGACUGGAACUUGUGAGAGAAGUGUCCAGUCUCAGUGUUUGAACCCUGACCAAACUGAAAGUGCAGACAAUAAAGAUCACCAAUCCAGCACCUCAAACAAAGACAUAUUAUCUGGAUCUGACGAGGAGAGUUCUGCAGCAUCAGCACAAAGCACUUACCACCAGCUCCAAUCUCACAACUGUCAUGUUAUAGCUGAGAGCCAAGAACACAUAACUUGUAGCCUCAAAAAUGCAACGCCAACUAGAUAUACUAAGUCAACACCAAAUAAGAAAAGCAACGACGAGACCACAACAUCAGCUACAAAUACAGAGGAAACGUCUCAUAAGAAAUGCAACGACGAGACCACAAUAUCAGCUACAAGUGCAGCAGAAACAUCUGAUAAGAAAAGCAACGACGAGACCACAAUAUCAACUACACGUACAGAGGAAACCUCUCAUAAGAAAAGCAGCGACAAGAACAAAUCAGCUACAAGUACUAAGCAAACAUCUAAUAAGAAAAGCAACGCAGACGACACAACAUCAGCUGCAGAUACUGAGCAAACAUCUGAUAAGAAAUGUGAUCAUGAGAACAUAGCAUCAACUUGUAAUACCAAGCUAACACCAAAUAAGAAACAUAACAAUGACAACCCAACAUCAAGUGGAAAUGGUGAACAAACACUGAAUAAGAAACAUAAUGAGAACAAAACGUCAAUCACAAGUUUUGAGACAACAUCCCACAAGAGUGGGGAUGGUAAUGCAAAAUCAAAUGGGGGCGGGCCCACAGAGCCAACAUUGAAUAAGAAAACAGAUAAUGGAAAAACAUUAGUAACUAGUGCUGAGCAAACACCACAUAGGAAAGAUAAAGAUGAGAGCACAACCUCAAAUGAGACACCAACAGGAAGUAAGAAAAGCCAAGAUGGGAGACCAACCUCGCCUGGAAGUGUUGCGCCAAGUAAGAAACGUAGUGAUGUGAAUAAAACGUCAACCAGAAGAACUGAGCUAACACCUACGAAUAAAUGCAACAAUAAAACCACAACAUCAACCAGUGGCGCCGAGCUAACUCUAAACGAGCAAUGCAAUAACCCAACAUCAAGCGGAAAUGGUGCACCAAAUACACCAAAUAAGAAAUGUAACAAUGAGAAGACAUCAGCUGAAAGAACUGAUGGGACAAUAACUUCUACUGGAUGGUUUGAGCCAACAGCAAAUAUGAAUUGUAACCCUAAGAACACAUCAGAAAAAAGUACUAAACCAACAACAAAAAAGAAACCCAGUGAUGGGAAAGUAAUGUCAGCUACAAGUACAAAGGUAACAUCAAAUAAAAAACAUAAUGAUGGGCGCUCAACAUCAACCAGUAACGACGAGUCACCACCAAAUAAGAGACAAAAUGAUGGGAGCGUAAUAUCAAACGGGAGUACUGACCCAACACCAAAUAAGAGACGCAAGGAUGUACGGACUACGAUGACCAGUGCAGCUACAACAUCAACCAGAAUAACAAGGCAAACACAAAGUGAGAAACAUAACAGUGAGAGCACAACAUCAAAUGCGAGUGCCGAACCAACACCAAAUAUGAAAGACGGGAGCACAUCAGGGGGUAGCAUCCAGGACGAUGACAACCCUUACAAGUGUGACAGGUGCGGCAAAGCGAUGACCAAUUUCAAAAACUACAAAUUCCACAUGAAAUCCCACACCGUCGAGAAGACUUUCAAAUGCGACACUUGUGGGAAAAUGUUCCGGGAGAGUUGGGACUUGAAUAAACACUUAAUGGUUCACGCCGCCGAGAAGCCUUUCAAAUGUACGGUGUGCGGCCGCGGGUUCUACCGGCAGUACAACCUCGACCUGCACAGUCGGGUGCACACAGGGGAAAAGCCGUACAAGUGCGACGCCUGCGAUAAAAGCUUCAGUUCGUGUGUAAACUUGAAGAAGCACGUGAGAGUUCACACGGGCGAGAAGCCCUACACCUGCGGCGACUGCGGGAAGGAGUUUGCCGAUUCCUCCUCCUUCAAAAAUCACCAGCGAGUGCAUACGGGGGAGAAACCCUUCAAGUGCACCUUUUGCAAGAAGACAUUUGCCGUCCGGACGACCUUGAAGCGGCACAGCAGGAUGCACACGGGGGAAAAGCCGUUUGUGUGCGACGUGUGUGACAAGGUGUUCGGUCACAGAUCAGACCUGAAAGGCCACAUCAGGAUGCACACUGGGGAGAAGCCUUACGAAUGCGGUACUUGCGAGGAGCAUUUCUCUGCCUGGUCCAAACUCGACAAACACAAGAGCGUGCAUGCACACGAGUGAAGCGCAAAGCUCCUCUGCUUAAAAACCUGUCUGCAAUGGAUACUCCACACUUCCGAUGAACAUAAAUGAAUUGCUAGUGGUAUUUUGAGUUGUCGUUUGAAUUUACCCAAUCAGCGUUGCAUUGCUUUAACAUUGUCGGAGCACAAAAUCUGUUUUUUAACAUUCAUAUGCCAAUUGUGACAAUUUCACACAAAUAUCUAACGGGAUAAGAUUAUGUAUUGACACUUUCGCCAGACGUACAACUGCAAGUGGCUCAUUUUAGUUUGUUUUGUUACGGUCUUAAUUUAAAUACAAUUCCCUUUUUAAGGCUCAGUGGGUAGCGUGGGUCGUCUUUUAAGGUUGGCGGUUCAAUCCCAAAUUGCUCCCUGGGUUUUAUUUUUUAAAUGAACUCAAAAUUAAUACUGUACGUCACCAUGUUGCCUUAUGAAAGCUUCAGUUUAAUUUAAGUCAAGUCUAUGUGUACGAAAAGUCUGAAUAAUGGAAUUCCUGUGGAAGAGAACUGGAUGAUCUACCUGCUUUUUAAAUCUGGAAAUCUGUUGCCUUUUUUCCAGAGGCAGUCUUGGAACGCUCUCUCUUAAUUUGUGGAGUAUAGUAGUUGUGAAUCAUCUAUAAAUAUUUUUGAACACUGGGGUUUGGAUUUGACUGACGCAUCAGAGAAGAAACAUUGUUUCUUUGUUGUCUUAAUGCCUUGACUAACAUGUAAUGAGUUUACAUUAGUGCACAAUGAAUCUGUAAAACACACUUAAAUCAAUGUAUUGUGGAUGUUUUUUCAAAUCACAUUUUUAUUUUUUUUCAAAUCACAUUUUCAAUAAAUGUUA